UCUUACAGUACCCAAAUACAUCUAUCUUAUUACCUCUCUGUUUUUUACAGCUCCUCUGUUUCCACUCUACUCAAUAGCUUUACUAAAGACUCACUGUUCUAUAUAAAGCUAACAGUUACAAGUCCAUAAAAGCUCAGAAUCAGAAGAGAGUACAUGAGUUUCCUCUUCUGCCUCUUUGGUGAUUCUUAGCAUUUAUUAUUACUCACUCAUCUUCUUUUCAUUACAUUACAUACCAAACAAGAGCUCUCAAAUGGAAAGGUUUCAAGGACACAUCAACCCCUGUUUCUUCGAUCGAAAACCGGAUGUGAGAAGCCUCGAGGUUCAAGGAUUUGCAGAGGCUCAAAGCUUUGCUUUCAAAGAAAAAGAGGAAGAAAGCUUACAAGAUACAGUUCCAUUUCUACAGAUGCUGCAAAGUGAAGACCCCUCAUCGUUUUUUUCAAUCAAAGAGCCAAACUUUCUGACGCUACUGUCUCUUCAAACCCUCAAGGAGCCUUGGGAACUCGAAAGAUAUCUUUCACUUGAGGAUUCACAAUUUCAUUCACCGGUCCAAUCUGAGACCAACCGCUUCAUGGAAGGAGCCAAUCAAGCUGUGUCAAGCCAAGAAAUUCCCUUUAGCCAAGCAAACAUGACACUCCCUUCUUCUACCUCAUCACCACUCAGUGCACAUUCAAGACGAAAGCGCAAAAUCAACCACUUGCUGCCUCAAGAAAUGACUAGAGAAAAGAGAAAGAGGAGGAAAACAAAACCAAGUAAAAACAAUGAAGAGAUUGAGAAUCAAAGAAUAAACCACAUUGCUGUUGAACGAAACAGAAGACGUCAAAUGAACGAACAUAUCAACUCUCUCCGGGCCCUUCUCCCACCUUCCUACAUCCAACGAGUAAAUAACCAAAAGCAUACAUGAAAGUUUCAACCUUUAAUCAUCAAAACCUUAUCAAAUGUUGUCCUGCAGGGAGACCAAGCUUCCAUAGUAGGAGGAGCAAUAAACUACGUGAAGGUCCUCGAGCAAAUCAUACAAUCUCUCGAAUCGCAAAAGAGAACGCAACAACAAAGUAACAGUGAGGUAGUAGAAAACGCACUUAAUCAUCUCUCAGGCAUUUCGUCGAACGACCUGUGGACAACUCUUGAAGAUCAAACUUGUAUCCCCAAAAUCGAAGCUACAGUGAUACAAAACCAUGUCAGCCUUAAAGUUCAAUGUGAGAAGAAACAAGGACAACUUCUCAAAGGAAUCAUAUCACUUGAAAAGCUUAAACUCACUGUUCUUCAUCUCAAUAUCACUACUUCGUCUCAUUCCUCUGUUUCUUAUUCCUUCAACCUCAAGGUAAACACUACUUUCCAUUUUUUACUUCAAUCAACAAAAACCCAACAUUGAAAAUUGAAUCUUUAAUUAAAAAAUCUUGUUUUUUUUUUCAAUUGUGUCGGAGCAGAUGGAAGAUGAGUGCGACUUAGAGUCAGCCGACGAGAUUACGGCGGCUGUUCAUCGGAUUUUCGAUAUUCCGACAAUUUGAUUAAACACAUAUAAUUCCAAAAAUAUUAACAGCUGACAAAAUGGUAUCUUUUUUUUUUUUCCUACUUGUACCAAUUUUUUAAGAAUUAAGAGAAUAAAAAAAUUUCGUUUUUCGUUCUUUCAUUUUCCUACUGACAGAAUUAAAUUCUGU